UCAUCACCUGCGGCCUGCUCCGGUCGCUCCCCCUACCCAACAAGACUACCUACUCGGCGUCUCUUUUUGUUUGCCAGUUUCCGCCUUUCAGGCUUUCAACGCCUACCAUGCCCACGCCGCCCAGGACCAUGUCACCGCAGCCGCUGACAUGGACGCCGCCUGCGGACCCCGACAAGCCAGCCUGCCCCUACAGAGCGGGCUUCACCGUCAACAUCAAUACCCACGUCCCACCCGCCCCUUUUGGCUGCCGAAGCUACGGCACCGGGACACGCACUACCGUGGCCGGCCAGCCCCUGCGGUCCCUCACGCAGACCGAGCUCGUCCUAGCCAACCCUCCGCUGGGUACACUGGACCCGCCUAACCCGCUCUCUUACACCUUGUCCGUGACCGACGUGCUCGCCGCUGGCGACGGGCGUGGCGCCCAGGUCGUCGUCUGCACCGUCACGCCAAAGGUCUCGGCCAGUUCGGCCUCCAAUCCGGCCCCCAGUCCCGCCCCCUUCCAGGCCGUGGCCAAGAUAUACGAUCCGCUGUACUACUCCUUUCGCAACAGGGACGUGCCAAGCGUGCCCUGCGACGUCACCUUGCUUGCCGACCAGGACUACAGCUGCGAGGCGGCUGCGUACGAGCACCUGAAGGCCAUCGGCCAGGCCGGGGCCUUUGCGCCCCGGUACUAUGGCUCCUUCACUUUUACCGCCCGCGUCAUGGUGAACAAGACGACGCCGCGGUUGCGCCAGGUGCGUCUCAUCCUGAUCGAGCACAUCCAGGGACCGAGCAUCCGCGACCUCUGUCGCGCACCGCGCCCCGCUGCGCCCGCCCCCGCAGCGGCGUUCAGCGAGGCAUUCCGUCUGGAGGUGCUUGCAAGAGUCAUGGAGGGCGAUGCAAAGCUGCGCUGGCUGGGGAUCAUGCAGCGCGAUGUGGCCGGGCGCAACGUCCUUCUGCAAUGGCCUCCCGGCCUGCAGACGGCAGCGCAGCGCACCACGCUGCCACGGGUCGUGCUGAUCGACUACAACGUUUCAGUCGUCUACGCGAGGACAAUACGCAAGAUCGGACCCUAUGAUGGCAUGAAGCUCCCGCCAAACCCCAUGGAACUGUACUGGACCAACGCGCUGCAGGAGUUUUGGGGUUGGAUCCCGGUCGAGUGGGAAACUAAUCCCAAGCUGCGCCAGCAAUGGUUGAGCAAGCGCUUCGGAGGCAAGAAUAUGACUAGUUUUGCCCCCCUCACGGAAAAGCUAGAGUUUGCGAAAUAGGUAAAAGCCUACAAGGAAUGGGUGAAAACCUACACGUAAGGGAAAGGUGAUAACCUGCCACUGGUGGUGGGUAUGCGGAAGGCUGCGAGAUCCAGCA